UUUGUAAAUAACUAGAAAACCAACUUCCACCAUUCAGAUAAAACAUACUGUACGCUUGCUGUAAAUGUGUAAUACGCUGUUAACAGACACGGUACAUAUUUAUGUAUAUUGCAAACUUAUUUAUUUACAUACGGGUUGGGGUCAUAUUAUGUGACAAACUGUUAGCAGCACAGCAGCCUGUGCAGACAUUUUAUCUCAGUCGCAGUUGAGGCAAACACAUCUCGCAGCUACAAAGGCGACCUGUGUAAUGGGACAAAAAAAGGCAAAAUUCACCGUACCAACUUCAAGGAGGAGUGGAUGCGUCAGGCGACCCCUCAGCUCAAUCUGUCAAAGAACCGGCCGUUAAGUGCAGGUGUGAGGUUGGAUGCUGCUGGCCCAUAAAAAUGCGACAAUGGUGCUUUUUUGUAGUGGUGUACUCAGACGCUCCGGCGCCAGGCGCCGCGACAAGAAGCGCGCACACACACACACACACACACACACACACACACACGAGACACACUUAAAUAACCACAACCAGCAGCAAAGACAGACAAACAUAAAAGGAUAAUAGUAAAAAUGUUCAUAAUAUUCUCCUAACACUAUAAUAACAUCUCCCACCCCCUUUUCCAUUAUCAUCAUCACCAUGCAUGUUGCUCUUGACAAUACUCACAACAAACACAAAACAGGGAGAUGUUAAAAGAUCAACACAAACACAAGGCAACCUUUAUUUAUAUAGCACAUUUCAUUAGUUUGCAGGGGAAAUAAAGCAAAUAAUGUAACAACAACAGCAACAAUAUUAAUAAUAGCCAUCAUCACGUCAUCCAUAAUCUUGAGAACAAACAUUUACAGUGCAGUACAAAUAUUUGCAAGAGAAGUAGAAACACACAGAUAGAUAAUAUAGAUACCAAUCAUCAGAAAAUUAGGGAAAUAAUUAACAUAAAAUUUGGCACAUAUAAAAGCGAUUAUAGCCCAUAUUUUUACAUUUCCUCCCUGUGAUAUUAUAACUUAAUUAUUUCUAAAUCUGUUUUAAUCUUAGUUGCUCCUUUGAGUUAUUGUGAGUCCAGACAUGGAGGCCACAGGGGGCCUUCUACCCCCUAUCCACUUCAUUGUGGUAGAUGCUCUUUCAAGAGUUUUGAGAGUUGAUAAGAAUAUUCUCCAUAUGUCUCCAACCAUCCUCAAAGUAGUAUCACAGCACUCUUGAAUUUGAACAAGUAACAAGAAAAUCUGUGCUACUCAUUGCAUAAAAAGUCUUGUAGAUGUCAGGUCACGCUGGGUCAUAUUAAUGCCAACAAACACACUCCAACCUCAGACUUAUGGGGUCAAAGACUACCAUCGAAACUGCCCAUUAAGAGUUUUUUUUCCUCCAGACACCUGCCAUCAGUAUAGGCUAUAGGACCCGAACAUUGUUGCACUUAAAAGCCAUUUUUUAUACAUCUAUAAAUAUGAGACGCUCCAACACACGCACAGACUUUGCUCCAGUGCUUUCCAAAAAUGACCACAAUGCAAGGACAGUCCAGGGUCCAGGGCUCCCUCUUCUCCAACGGGGACUACUUCGACAUGUGGCACGACUACAUGAACCUGGGCAGGGUGCUGGAGAGGCUGUGCGCCAGGCGUGAGGCGGAGCGCAGAGACACCGAGGGGCCAAAGGAGGAGCCGGCAGCAGCGCAGGGCUACAUCCGAACUUCGUCCCGGCGCUGGGAGGAAGCUGAGGAAGAGGAGGAGAGGAACAAAAACUCCAGCUCAGCCAGCAGCAGCCAGUCGGACGCCAGCUGGAGAGGGACUCUACCGGACUACUGCCGCUUCUGCAAGCAGAACGGGGAGACUCCAAGGGUGUACCAAUCACACAGGCUGAAAUCAGCCGACGGGAAAGUCAUCUGCCCCAUCCUUUGGAACUACACCUGUGGCGUCUGCGGAGCCACCGGGGACUACGCUCACACGCGCCGGUACUGCCCACAGGCGCAGUCGCAGGAGGCUGCGAGGAGGCGCCCUAGGUCCAGGUUCCGAUAGAGGAUGAUGGACACUGAAAGACUGAUGACACCGAAAAGACUGUACAUAAUUACCACAAAAAUGUGUUCAUGUGCACAGACUGUUACAUGUUCCUAAAGCGUAUUCCUAAAUUGUGCAGUUUACAGUGAGAUAUUUUGGUUCCUAGAGUCUUCUUCUGCGACUUGUAUUUCAAGAGACCUGGCUGCACUUGUUGGACACUUAUUCUUAAAAUAAAUGGUUGACUCCAGUGAAGUCGAAUUUAGUUGACUUUUAUUUU